AUGUCUGCUCCCGUCGCUCCUCCACAAGCCGCCGUUUACCCACCGGGUGUUCAGUCGCCUCCUCCUUCGGGAGCAGAGCGUGUCGGUCCCGGCGCUCCGUCGCCAUUCGUCGAUGAGAAGCGCACAGCCUACCCUUCCGGUCUAACCCCGCCUAUCUCGUCGCAACCUUCCACGUCGAUGUUCGGCUUCUUCCAGCCCAUCGUCACUCCCGUCAGCAAUGCUCUCGCGCGCAUCCAAGACAUUCGCACUCGGCUUGAACUGUCCAACCCAGGCACUGUUGAGCAUCUGCAGAGAGAGGUCAAGGGCGUUCACACCACCAACUUUAUGUUUGACGGCGCACGUGCUGACUUGACCAAAGCGAUCAGCAUCAACCCCAUCUUCCAGGUCACGCACGCGUUCUCAAUGGGCUCGCAAGCGGCUCCGUCCUCGUACAACUUUGGUGCUGUUUACGGCGACAACAAGAACUUUUUCCAGGCAGGCCUCGAUGACGGACUCAAUGUUACCAUGCGUGCCAACCGUGGCUGGGUGGCUGGACACACGACCAAGGUGCAAGCGCAGCUCACAGCGACGCCGGGCCAAUCGUUUGUCCAGAUCGAACACGACUACCAGGGCACCGACCACUCGGCCAACUUUAAAGCGCUCAACCCAUCACCUACCGAUCUGACGGGCAUCUACAUUGUCAACUACUUGCAGAGCUUGACGCGCAACUUUGCGUUUGGUGUCGAGACCGUCUACCAACGUCCCUCUGCCGAUAUGGAGGAGGCCAGUACGGGAUACAUUGCCAAGCUUACCGGCGAUAAGAAGGACUGGAUCGCUACCGCUCAGGUUCAACCACAGGGCGUGGCACAGUGCACCUACUACCACAAGCUGUCCGAGCAGGUGGAUGUGGCAGCUGAUUUGCAGAUGAUCACCAUGGCGCAGAAGCGCGAGGCGGCGGCUACGUUGGGUGCGCGUUAUAACUUCAGAAUGGCUACUUUGAGGGCACAGAUUGAUUCGGCGGGCAAAUUGAGCUCUGUAUACGAGACCAGGUUGUCCCCCGCAUUCGGCUUGACAUUUGCCGGUGAGAUCGACCAUCUGCAGGGCGCCGCCAAGUUCGGUUUUGGCGUCAGCAUCGAGAGCGGCAACGAGAUGGAUCCCAACGCUCCUCCCCCUACACCUCCUUCGGUGCCUAUGUAA